AUGGCGCGAUCCGUGGAUAACAAAGCUGGUGACGUGCGUCAUUGGCCAUCCGCGGAGGAUUCGCUGCACGUACUUGAUCUGCCGCAACUAUGGCAGAAACCCAGUGCAGACGAGAUGAUGGAAGUCCUGCGUGACCUCCGUCAAGCCCCGGACGGGUUCCAGGAUAGCGGAGAGGUGGCUGCCCAGGAGGGCUCCAUCCAAGAGGCCGGCAUUCCAGCAUAUUUGACAUCGAUCAUCGCAUCGAAGCUUGUGUGGAUUGAUGACGAAGAUGCUCGUGAGUCUAUCUGGGAGCUUGCGAGUUUGCGGUUGAGCGAGCGGUCUGGACGCACAGCCAUGCCGGCAAUGACACGCACUUUCGAUAUCGCGGAAGGCCUUGCCAUUCAGCUGCACGAGCCUUCACUGGUGGGCGAUAAUUUGGGCUUGAAGACAUGGGCCUCGAGUCUGUUACUUUCCAAGCAGCUGCAACGACUUUCCAAGUAUCUGCCUGACACCACUAGCGUGUUGGAACUCGGCGCUGGAACAGGGCUGGUAGGUGUCAGCGCGGCUUGCUUAUGGCAUACUUCAGUUGUGCUUACAGAUCUGCCGGAGAUCGUGCCAAAUCUCGAACACAACUUGGGCCUGAACAGAGAGACCAUAUCUUCCUGGCGCGGUAACGCCACAGCCAUGCCUUUGGACUGGUCGGAUCUCUCCUCGGCACCCACGAAAGACGAGGAAAAGUAUAUGAUCGUAAUCGCUGCGGACCCCAUCUACUCGCCCGAUCAUCCCCCCAUGCUGGUUGACACAAUAGCCCGCUGGCUCAAGGAGACUGGUGAUGCUCGAGUAGUGAUUGAGCUUCCGAGACGAUUCCACUACACAGGCGAAAGAGCUCAUUUGGAGGAUCUGAUGAGACAAGCCAAGUUCGAAAUCGUGGUGCAGGGCGUCGAGUCUGGCUACGACGACUGGAAGGACGAAUCUGGUCAUCAAGCGGUGGUCGAAUGCGAAUAUAGCAUCUGGCGUCGCAACGAUAAGUGCUAG